GCUGGCAACACUGUUGGCACAUCAACACUUCUAUUUUUUAUCGUGAUUCAUAAUAAAAGAAAAAAGUGAUUGAACCACAUAACAAAAUUAAGAAUAGAGUAUAAAGACUUGUAAUAAACAAUGGCUGCCACCCUAAAGCCAUAUUUAACCGCUGUUCGCCAUUCGCUGACCGCAGCAAUGUGUCUGCAGGAUUUUCCAUCGCAAGUUGUUGAACGCCACAACAAGCCCGAGGUGGAAAUUUGCUCCAGCAAAGAGCUGGUGCUCACGCCCAUUGUUGUGUCCCGCAAUGAGAGGGAGAAGGUGCUUAUUGAGCCGUCGAUAAAUUCGGUGCGAGUUAGUAUUGCAGUGAAACAGGCAGAUGAAAUUGAACGCAUUUUGUGCCACAAAUUUACACGCUUCAUGAUGCGACGCGCCGAAUCAUUUAUAAUACUGAGGCGCAAGCCGAUUGAGGGAUACGAUAUUAGUUUUCUGAUAACAAAUUUCCACACGGAGCAAAUGUACAAACACAAAUUGGUUGACUUCGUUAUCAGUUUCAUGGAAGAAAUCGACAAAGAAAUCAGCGAAAUGAAGCUAGCAGUAAAUGCACGAGCACGCACCUGUGCUGAGGAAUUCCUGAAGCGUUUUUAGUGCUAAGCCAAUGCUGAUCACAAUUGUAUUCCAUAAUAUUUUAAAUAAAAAUUAAAUUCAUGUUUCUAUAA